UCAUUCCACCUUUGCUGAGCAGCUGCUCUUGCGAUUGCUGCUACAGCUACUUCAUUCCCCUCCCCAGAAUCAGAACCCGGGGCUUUGGGCUUUCCAAUGUUUAUUGUUCACUUAGUUCUUCCUUCGUGCUUCCACGGUGGGCAGGAACAGACGUGUCCCCCUGCGCAGAGAUGGGGGGCAGCCGGGGGGCUCCUCUCUGCUCGCCUCUCCUCUUCCAGCCGCACGCACAGGCAGCGACGGGACCGAACCGGGGCACGCUCCUGGCCUCUCCCCCUCGGCAGGGAGCUCUCAGAGCUCUGCAGGGCAGGCAGCACAGCCCCACCCGCACCCCAGCACGCUCCCACAGCCUGCUGGCACGGCCCCGCAGCCCUGCGCACACACCCGGGCACCUUUUCGGCAGCCUGGCCCAGGCCUGGGCUCCGCAUCCCCUGCUGCCCCCCCCCAGUGACGCACCGCCCAUGUCACAGCAGGCAGGGGGUGCCCCAUGGCACAAAGGGGCGGGGACGGCCUUGGCCCCGGAACGCUGGCCCCAACGGCAGUCGGGCAGUUGGGCAGCCCUGCGAUGGCUGCCCGUGCUGACGGGGAGGCUGCUCGGCCGCCUGCUCCUGCGGCUCCAGCCUCCGCUCUGGACACAAACUCAACCAGAGGAAUUCAGCUCCUCUCUCCUCUCCCCCAGGCCCUCACCCCAAAUGGCUCUCAGCGCCCUACAGGACACUGGCCGAACUAAACCACCGCACACUCCUGGCCGCUCCUUUCCAGCACUGUGCCGGACAAUUGUCCGCGCCCUACGGGACAGCCAGAAACACACGGCGAUGGGACCAGACCACGGCACACUCCUGGCCUCUCUCCCCUUGAGAACUCAGCAGAAGAAGAUGCCAACACUCUACAGGACAGGUAAGACCCAGAGUUGGACGGCCUUGGUGUGAGGCUGGGAGAGCCUCGUGCAGGGAGGAAGAGAUGGCUUCCAGUGCUGGCAGGGGGUGGCUGCUCGGUUUGUCGCCUCCUCUGUUACAGCUGGACACACUGACAGUGAUGGAAUGAAGCCACGGCACACUCCUGGCCUCUCUCCCCUUGAGAACUCAGCUGGAAAAGGUGUCAAUGCUCUCCAGGACAGGUAAGAUCGCCCCAACCCACACCCACCGCUGUCUCACAGCAAGCAGGAUGGUGACACGAUCGGGCCAGGAUGGCAGUAUUCACUCCAUCAGGAUGACGGGACACCGACGGAUGUGGUGAGACGCUCGAGACCCUCGGGCAGAAAGGCAGGGGCUGUCCAUGGUCACAGGGGGAUGCUGCUCCGUUUCUUCCUUCUCUUCUUAAAGCCAGACACACACAGCGAUGGGACCAGACCACGGCACACUCCUGGCCUCUCUCCUCUUGAGAAGUCAGCUGGAGAAGGUGUCAACACUCUCCAGGACAGGUAAGAUCGCCA